CGCUCGUUGCUCCGGAGCUGCGUGCAGUUCCUGAUCUUAUCUCAGCCCGCAGGGUCGGUUGGUGGCACGGAUCGGAUAAACGAUUAUUUUCUAAACGGCAGACCCGGCGAUCUGUACGCUGUGCCCCGGACCGAGCUGCAGAGGGCGAUCGGAGAGAAGACGAUGGCAGAGGAACGGCAGCGGCCGGACGAGGGGGCGGCGGAGACAGAGAGAUUAUAUAAGGCUUCAGAAGAAGAUGAAAGAGAUGAAGAAUGUUUAACAUCUAAUCAGUAUCCAAAAGAGACAGUCCGGAAACGCCAAAACUCAACACGCAGUUCAAGAAGCAGCGAGUCUUCACGGUCUUCUAGAAAAAGCUUCAAGCUGGAUUUGAGGUUAGAAGAGGAUGUGACUAAGUCUGUAAAGGGCAAGAAUGGGAGAUUUGUCAAUCCUUGGUCUACCUGGAAGACUCCUGCCUUUCACAGUGCUCUGAAAUGGGUUAUAACUGAGAAGGAUAAUAGCAGUGUCCCCCAUUCAAAGGAGGAACUUGAUCGGGAACUUCCAAUUAUUGAGCCAUAUUUUGUGCAACAUCCUGAGUCUGCAGGCAAGAUAGAGAAUGGAAUACGGAUCACCUGGCUGGGGCAUGCAUCAGUCAUGGUGGAAAUGGAUGACUUGAUAUUUCUGACAGAUCCUGUCUUCAGUCAGAGAGCCUCUCCAAUAAGUAUUGCAGGCCCAAAGCGUUUUAGAGGACCACCAUGUACUGUAGAGCAGCUUCCAAAAAUCGAUGCUGUUGUGAUCAGUCACAACCAUUAUGAUCACUUGGAUUACAACACUGUACUUGGACUGAAUCAGCGGUUUGGUACUGAACUGAGGUGGUUUGUUCCCUUGGGGCUCUUAAACUGGAUGCAAAGCUGUGGCUGUGAAAAUGUAAUUGAAUUAGACUGGUGGGAGCAAAAUUGUGUUCCUGGACAUGAUGAGGUGACCUUUGUUUUUUACCCCCUGCCAGCACUGGUGCAAAAGGACACCAUUUGAUGAUAACAGAGUACUAUGGGGUAGCUGGUCUGUUCUCGGACCCUCAAAUAGGUUUUUUUUUGCCGGCGACACUGGUUAUUGUGCUGCUUUUGAACAGAUUGGGAAAAGAUUUGGACCCUUUGAUGUAGCAGCAAUUCCCAUUGGAGCCUAUGAGCCAAGAUGGUUCAUGAGGUGUCAACAUGUGGAUCCAGAAGAAGCGGUCAGAAUUCAUGCUGAUGUCCGUGCCAAAAAGUCUGUUGGGAUUCACUGGGGAACAUUUGCACUAGCUAAUGAGCAUUACUUGGACCCACCACUGAAACUGAGCGAAGCAUUGGAACGAUAUGGACUUGGGCAGGAAGAUUUCAUAGUCCUGAACCAUGGAGCUUCCAAACUCUUUAACACAUCAAUCAAUGGUGACCUAAAGGAAGUAAAUAAUGACAGCGUGCAGCUGAACCGGCAUCUGGUGUUUUAA